AUGCAGUAUGAUGCAGUCACAUAUAGACUAAGGGACGUAGCAGAGGAGCUCAAUCCGCAAGAAGUUUCAAACAUUAUGUUGGCUGCAGCGAGGUUGGCGGGGGCUGUGCCACAGCUGUUGAAUGAAUUGGAGCUACUUGCAGAAGUGUUGGCUGACAAGGUUGCAGCCAUGGAUGAGCAGCACGUAGGCAACAGUAUUUGGGCCACAGCCAAGCUUCAAAGACAAACUGGAGGGGCAGCCUUGCUCGCUGUUCUCCCUGAUUUGUUGAAGCGGGCUGAAGCUGUGGUCAUGAACAUGAAUCAGCAGAAUGUUGUCAACAUCAUUUGGGCAGCAGCCACGCUCCGAAACACACCCCCGGAGUUUUUGCUGCUGAUGCCCAACUUGGUAAAUCAAGCAACUAAGAUCAUUGCGCAGAUUGACUCCCAAGGCGUUGCGAACAUAUUCUGGUCAGCUUCCAAAUUGCACAGGGAGGCCCCUAGUUUAAGGGACUUUUUGCCGAGUCUAGCCAAGAGAGCAGAAGCAGUGAUUCCGGAGAUGAAUGCAGAAGGUGCAGCCAGCACCAUCUUGGCUGUGGGGCAACUUCCAAGUGAUUCCAAGCUUUUUGUGCAGAAUUUGGUGUCAGGGUUGACUCAGCGGAUGUUCUCCAUUUUGCAGCAAUCGCCACCUCGAGAAAUGUCAAAUGCUUGCUGGGGUCUCGCACUAUGCGGGCAUGCUGACACCGACUUCAUGAAUUCAGUGGAAGAGCCUUCGCUUGUGGCGGCCGAGUUGACCGGAUGCAAGCAAAGGUUGGUGGAAUAUGACAUGCCGCAGAUCCUCAUGUCCUUUGCAAGGCUUGACAUCUCAGGGCCUCCAGAUUUUCUGGAUCUAGUCUCCAAGAAACUCUGGCCGAUGCUGAAGGGAAUGAAUGCCUGGGGCCUUUGUGCACUCUCCUGGUCCUGCAACAUCUCCCGGCAGCUCGAUGCCAGUGGUUCCGUGACGACCGGAACAGCGCGGGUGGAGGAGCAGGUGGCCACGCGUGGCUUCUCGCAACAAGAGGUGGAACACAGAUGUGGCAAUUUUGCAGACAUCCCCGGAAAGGAGAUGUUCAAGCCUCUCCUGAUGCGGAAGUGCUGGGCGUAUAGCGCGUUCAAGGACAACCCCUGGCUGUUGAUCAACGUUUGUCACUUGGCCAUCACCGAGCGCGCCACGUCGAAGUCGCAGGAUGUCUUCUUGGCCGGCACCGAUUGCGAGGGAGCCGUGGUGCUCACGCACGGCCUCAUGUUCUACUCCGACGACUACGUCCUCUCCAACUUAGCCAGCCGCCCACGGCACCGCCUUGCACGACCGUCCGAUCAUGGGAAUCAGAUUCAGGAGGGUCAAUGGCUUUGUGAGAUCAGUCUGUUCUCUCAAUGGUGGCAUCGUGGCACCAUCUCCGCACAAGGUGCUGCCCUGUAUGCACAUGUGGACGCCGGGAAGUUUGUGAACUUGGUCACCGAGAACGGCGGCUAUUCCUAUGCGUUCUUACGGACCUUUGGAAUUCUGCUCACCGCCCAUGUGGAAGACUUGAUGGCCAGUGACCAGGACACUGACAUGGUGGAUCAGGAGCGGGUCGUGGAGCUCUGCGCUCGCGCGAAGAACUUCCUGCAGAUCUCCAAGGUGGUCACGGGCGAGUUGCAGAAGAGCCCCAGCUGGUUGACCGAGCGGACCUGA